AUGUAUCGGGAUAUCUCCAGACCCAACAUUGAUAAGACCAUGGAGAAGGUGGAAGGCUCUGCGCAUAGUUGCAAGUUCCUUUUCCUUUUCACUCUCACGGGUGAGUUUGCUGAUGAGAAAAGUGGCACCGAUGGCGCCAUGGUUAGCAUUCUCUGCCGCCCAAAUAGCGCGAAGGAAGCUCCCGGGUCUGCUGAGACUAUUGGCAAUAUGCUUACAAGCGACAUGGAGGCUUAG